AUGACUUAUAUUAAUUUGAUUCUAUUUUUAUCUUUUCUACUUCUUCAACUGACAAUUGUAGUUACUCAAGUAUCGUGGGAAAAUUGUGAAAGCAAGUCAAAUGAUAUCAAACUACUAAAUCUAACAAUAAGUCCAGAUCCAAUUGUGGCUCCUGGAUCGGUUUCUAUAACAAUAACUAUUUAUACUAAUCAAAAUUUGACAAGUCCGUUAAAGGCAACAGUGUCAUUAAGAAAGAAAAUUUUUAUAAGUUAUGUUUCCGUUCCUUGCUUCAGUAUUGGCUCAUGUACAUAUGAUGAUCUUUGUAGUCUUUGUAUACAAUGUAAAUGUCCAAUGGAAGAAGGAGUACAUAUAUUGAAUCUUCCAAUUAAAAUUGAUUCUGCAUCAUGGAUGGCUGCUGGAAAUUACCAAGCACAAAUUGAUUUAGAAACUAGUUCAAAAGGAAAAGGUUGUGCCAAAAUUAAUAAUAUAUCUAUUAAAAUAAAUAAAUGA